AUGCACUUCCACCGUUCUCUUCUUCGUGGUCCUACUCACCACCCCAUUAAAGUGGUACUAGCAAAUCAACAAAAGUUGCUUCAUCUCUUACCUUCCUCCACCAGAAUAUCAAGGCCCCUGGUUUCCCCUUCAACCCCGCUCUCCCGUCUAUCCAUCACAACCACAGCCCCACUUCAAUCCCAACGAUUCUUUCAGUCAUCAUCUGUCAAAAUGGUCAAAGAACUCAGCUCUCACGAAGAAUUCAAGAGUGCCAUCGAUUGUGACAAACUCGUCGUUCUUGACUGUUAUGCCACAUGGUGCGGCCCUUGCAGGAUGAUUGCCCCGAAAAUCGUCGCCUUCUCUCAGGACUACCCCGAGGUAGAUUUCUGUAAAGUUGACGUCGAUCAAGUACCGUCGGUCGCGUCGGAGCUCGGCGUUCGUGCUAUGCCUACUUUCUUCCUUUUCAUGAAGGGCGAGAAGGUUGCAGAAGUUGUCGGUGCCAACCCAUCUGCAAUUAAGUCCGCUAUCGAAAAACACAGGGCUUAA